AAUUGCAAUUGCGUUCUUUGAACCACGAUCCCAAUAUGCAGUCGAACAUCAACACCGCCGAUCAAGAUAUGCCAAACCCGCAGGGUCGAACUUCCGGCCGGCUGUCCGACACGUACGUCAUUAGAAAGACUACGGAUGCGGGUAAUACUGAGGAACACUGUUACUUCUGCUUCGAGGAUUGGCAGAUUGGGGAUGGCAUGGUUCGACUACGGUGUUGCGAGCACUGACUCCACGAAGACUGCCUAUCCAAGUCCGUUCUCGAUGGCUGUUGUCCCACUUGCAGAAUCUGGCUUGCUUCUUUAGACAAUGCGCAAGUCCUUACAGGCGCGGCUUCAGCGGGAGAUGUUCUAAAGGUCAAGGAGCUUCUGGAAAAGCACACGCCUUGUACAGCGCAGGACUACUACGGCAGGACUCCUUGCAUUUGGCGGUGAUGGAUGGAUACGAAGAGGUGGUCAAAGAGCUGCUCGACUAUGGAGUCGACACAUCUACUACUGAUUUCAAGGGACAGACGGCACUACACCUUACUACACAACGCUAUUCUCUCGGCAUUCUCAGACUUCUCCUGGAAAGAGGAGCGGAUAUGGCUGCUCGAGAUGGCGAAGGCAUGACGCCGCUUUACUUUGCAUACCAGAAAGGCGUUACAAGGAUGAUAGACUGCCUGCUCGAGAAGGGAGCUAACAGUUACGGUGGGGACUUGUCUGCGAGAAGCGUCUAAGUUACUGUUUCUAGAUAGAGAAGUCUGCAUUUUGACUGCGGUCAAAGUAUGGUAAAUGCUUCUAAUAUCUGACGUUCCAAAAAGCUAUAAUCCGCAUCUUGAUUUGGGCAUUCCAAAAUUACCCCUUGAGAUAAUAAACUAUUUUUGGAAGUUGGUAGGAUAGGGUCG